AUGCGUCUCUAUGGUGUCGUACUCCUGCCAUGUGCGGCGUACCUGACGUGCACGACCGGAUCCGCUGGAGCCCCCACUUCCCCGCAGAGCACGAGCAACUACUUGGCCGAGGAACUGACCGAUGUCCAUCACGACACCACCAAGCGGACAUUACGGGCCGCCAACGCUUCUUCGGGCGCUGAAGAACGGGCACUCGACUUCAGCCGAUUGACGGAAGGCCUUCAGUCGCUCGGGGCAAAGCCCGCCAGCUUGGUCAAAGCAAACAAGUGGCAUUUCCAAGGAACCACCGGCGAGGAAGCGCUCGCAAAGCUGCACGGAAGCAAUCUGGCUGGAAAGCUUUCGGCACCCUCCGCUCGUGUGGAAGAAAACGUCGCAGGCCUUCAAAAGCUCUGGAAUGGAUUGAGCGAAACGGACAUGAAGGCACUCAUGAAACUGUUUUCGAUACAAAAGCAAAAGGACCCGACCGGCAGCCCAUUGAUGUUUGAUGCGCUUUCACUUUACUACGGAGAGAUGAGCGUAGCAAAGAUGCUCGUUACUGCUCGGUCCGCUGGUGGGUUUCGGGGCAAAGCUGCUGCCGAAUUGCUCAAGCAGAAAGCGUGGGACUUGGUGCAUCGCGACACAAGCCUUGAAAAGUUCUUUGUCACGUACGCUGUCAAAAGCGACAACACCUUUACCACUGAAGCGUGGAAACUGGAUCUGCUGGCCGGCUACCUCAAAGCAAACAACCAGUACCGGCAUCGAAAAGUCGAGCUGCUUGAUGCGCUAGUCACUGGCUACGGCGGAGUGGACCAGCUGGCUCCUGUUCUAAUGAAACACGGUCCCGAGAACCUCAUAGCAAGCAAGUUCUUCACGGAAAUCAUCAAAAAAUGGUACAAGCAGUCGCUGUCGGCCGAACAAGUUUUGGCGGCGCUGAAACUUCCCAGGGCCGACAAUGCCUUUGACAAGGUGUACGUGAAAAUUGUGGACGCUUUUGUCGACAAAUGGCGACAGCAAAACGCGGCAGUGAAAGACGUCGACUACGUUAAGAAACUCGUGGUUUCCCAUGCUGAUGAUGAACUUGCUGUCAUCACAGCGAAAGCACGCGCUGCAGACAGCGAUGAACAGGUGACUACAACCGUCCAGGAAGUUGAAAAACAGCUACUUGCGCGGGCGCGGGAGAAGGAAGAUGGCAAAACGAUUGACGCGAACAAGAUCGUUGAACUCGCAGGUCCAUUGAAUGGGAACCAGAUGGGGUACCUCCAGUCGAUACUUUUCCGAUACAAUAAGAUCAAGGGCUCCCAAGCGGCAGCGGUACGCAAGAAGGAACGAAAAGCACUGUCAGAGCGAGAGAGAGAAAACGCUCUGUUACUGCAGCGUUACCUUAAUUAUUAA